AUGGAAGAGCAAAUUGCGAGUCUUGUACUGUUGGGGGUAAUUUCAUGGACAACAGCCUUUCUGUUCAUAAGAAAGAUGUUUCCAAAGCGGUCCUUUGACUUCUGCAACCGCCUUGUUUCUACAAUUCAUGCAACUGUAGCUGUAACUUUAGCUUCCUUGUCCGUUGAAGAUUGGAAGUGCCCAGUUUGUCCUCAGGCUUCAACAUCUUCUCCUCAGCAGAUGAAAGCACUCGCCGUGAGCCUUUCGUAUCUCAUCUAUGAUCUGGUGUGUUGCCUCUUUGACAAGAAAUUCAAUCUUGACAACUGCGUCCACCAUUUGGUCAGCAUUGUUGGGAUUGGAGCAGGCCUUGCCUACCAAAAGUGUGGGUCUGAGAUGAUAGCAGCAUUGUGGAUAACAGAGUUGUCUAGCCCUUUCCUCCACUUAAGGGAGCUUCUCAAAGAGCUUGGUUACAGGGACACCGACCUCAACUUAGCAGCCGAUAUUUCAUUUGCAGCUAUAUUCACGGUUGCAAGGAUGGUUGGGGGACCUUAUCUCAGUUACGUGACUCUAUCUGCUAACAAUCCUUUCAUCAUCAAGGCCAUGGCACUAGGAUUGCAGCUGGUCAGCGCUUUCUGGUUCUACAAGAUUGCAAAGAUGGUCAAAUACAAAGUGAUCAAGAGGACUGGGCCUAAACAAGUUGACGCAACCCAAGGUAGAGACUAG